GUUGACAAUUUGAUAUAGACCGUUGGCACCGGACGGGGGAUUUCAAUCCUGGGAUUUACGGCGCAUUUACAGAUCCUGCUGCGAGGCCUCACUCCCCUGUUACCCGCCAGUGGGGAUUUCUUCCCCUUGGUGAGUCCAACACAAAAAAAUACCUCUUGCUCCUGGCUGUCAGAUCUCCUUACAUCGUUGUCAAGCAUGAGCUGAUAUAUUCUCUGGACAGCCAAAAUCAAGCUAUAGACUCCUACGAAGAACCAGGCGUGUAUAUAUAUAGCGUUCAUCCAUUACCAGGCCCUUAUGGUUGGUGUUAAACCAACUCCCCGUCUCCCUCCGCCAGGGAAGGCCGGGAUUCGACGGCCGCCAGUCGAGCGUCUAGCAAGCUUGAAAAGGCCUAAUCCUACUCCUAUCCGACGUCCACAGUCUAUCCAUGUCCCUCAGAACCAUCAGCACCAGCACCCGCAACAGCAGACACAAAAAUCAAAUACGACCGUACCUCCCAAAACAUCAAAAUGUCCGAACCCAAGUUGUCCUGAUCCCAACAUAGUAGAGGAUGACGGACAGAAGGUCUGUGCCGGGUGUGGUACUGUUAUCAGCGAGUCCAAUAUCGUCUCAGAAGUUACAUUCGGCGAAGCUUCGUCAGGAGCUGCUAUCGUUCAAGGAACCUUUGUCGGUGCAGACCAGAGUCAUGGACGCAGCUUUGGACCUGGAUUCCAGCGUGGUGGUGGCAUAGAAAGUAGAGAAAUAACCGAGCAGAACGGUAAGCUCUGUCCCUCUAGGUGUAUGUGCGAAUGGCUUGAGGAAUCUAACAUGGUAUAGGAAAUCGAUAUAUUGCGCAGCUCUCCCGGGCCUUGAACAUCCCAGAAAGUGCCUCAAAAGCCGGAGGGCAAGUAUUCAAGCUUGCGGUAGGGCUUAACUUUAUCCAGGGACGUCGAACAAAGACCGUAGCUGCGGUAGCUCUUUAUAUUGCAUGUCGGCGUCAAGAUGGAAACACAAUCAUGUUAAUUGACUUUGCAGAUGUACUUAUGAUCAAUGUAUUCAAACUGGGUAGAGCAUACAAAGCACUACUUGACGAGCUGAAACUGGGGGGGAACCAUUUCAUCAUGAAUCCAAUCGACCCGGAAAGCUUGAUCUACCGAUUCUCAAAACAGCUAGAAUUUGGCCCUGCCAUGAUGCAGGUUGCCAGUGAAGCCGUCCGAAUCGUUCAGAGAAUGAACCGUGACUGGAUGAUUACUGGUAGACGGCCAGCAGGCAUAUGUGGUGCUGCUCUCAUCCUGGCUGCACGAAUGAACAACUUCCGCCGUACUGUCCGUGAGGUAGUUUAUGUCGUCAAGGUUACGGAACUAACCAUUCACCAACGCCUAAACGAGUUUAAAGCUACAGAAAGUGGUGGUCUUACCGUUGAUGAGUUCCGGUCUGUACAGUUAGAAACCUGUCAUGACCCACCUUCUUUUUCGCACUCCAAGGACAAGAAGGCUGCAUUACAGGGCAAGAAAAGAAAAGCUGCUGAAGUGGAAACCGGAGCUGAUGCUGGGCGGGAUCAAGUAUCUCUCAGGGUGGUCCAGGCCAAAGCUCCUCGGGUUGACGCAGAUGGAUUCGCCAUCCCCGAAAUUCCCAUUGAUCCGGCUCUGCUAGCCUCCGAUAAGCAGCAAGAGCCGUCCGAAAACUCCGGUGCUGUUAACGAAUAUGGUCUUCAAAACGACGGGAAACGUUCCAAGCCUAAGGGCAGUAGAAGCGCUCCUUAUCCUGAACCUACGGAAUCCGAGCUGGCCUCGGAGUCUGCUUUGGAAGACGAGAUGACAGCCCUAUUGUCAUCCAAUUCCGACCUUGUCAACAGCACUGCCAAGCCAACAACAGAUACUACCAAUACUGAGAUAGCUCAACCUAAACCUACCGAAGACGGCGAUAAAGAUGCCGACCAUCAGGAUACCGAGCCAAAUGCAUAUACUGACGACUCUACCACUCCACCUAAACCACAACAACCGGUAUCAUCAGAUGUCGAAAUUAGCCCCUUAGAAUUUGAAGACGACCCGGAAGUGCAAUUCUGCCUUCUAUCUCCCGCCGAAGUAGAAAUUAAAGAGCGAAUCUGGGUUCAUGAAAACAAAGACUACCUUCGUACACAGCAAGCAAAAGCACUCCGAAAAGCCCUUGCCGAAGCUGGCUCAGAUCCUUCAAGAUCUGGCGCCCAUCGCCCACGAAAACGCCGCAAGGGCCGUAUAGGAGAUGUCACAUAUCUUUCGAGAGAAUCAAAGAAUGCAGACGGUGAGUCCGUGGCUGGAUCACGCGCCUCGACCCCAGCAGAAGCAACGAGGCUCAUGCUUGAAAGACGUGGAUUCAGCAAGAAGAUAAACUACCAGCUUUUCGAGCAGAUGUAUGGUGACAAUGACGAGGCAGCCAAUGAAGAAGCCGGGAGCAUCAUUACAGUCAAGAGGAAAGAUAGUGAAAGCGACGCCAGUCGCCGAAGCAGAAGUCGCAGCGUUAGCGUCAGCCGAAGUGUUCGCGGCUCAAGCAUCGCAUCUGAAGGAGGAGGCAUAUUUGGUGGACGGGCGUCAGGAAAUAGGUCGAAAUUACUGAAACCGAUCCGAACACCCGUGAAAUCUACCAUGAAGAAAUCUGCUGCUCCGGCAGUGGUGCCAGCUUCGACCAGCCCAAGUAAACCGGCUGUUGAACCUACAUCCAAGGAAAUCACACAGCCGUCAGCGUUUCAAAUGGUACCUAAAGCUGAUGUAGAAGCGACGGUGACAACGGCUCCAGCCCCGGCUCCGGGAAAGCUGAAGUCGCAGCAGCAGCCCACGGACCCCAACGAAGAGAUUCUAGGCUAUUUGCCAGAUGCCGAAGAGGAUGAGCUACCUGCCGGGGCAGAGGAUGUCGAUGACGAGGAUGAAGAGGAGGACGACGAGGAAGAGGAGGACGAUGGUGUCGAGGCUGCGUUUGCCGGGAAUUAUUAUGACGAAGGGAGUGAAGGAGGAUAUGAUGAUGAUUAUUUCUAACGGUAUUUAAUCGAAUGGUCAAGGAUAGAGAUGCAUCUUCAGGGGUGUACGGCGAAAUUGCAGGUGUUUGGCAAUUGAUUAGCGUCGCCUGUGCCGUAACCACCGAGACUCAUAUGUUCUUAUAACCCAUUUACUUCUCUAGUAGAAUCACGGAAAUAUAUAAUGGCAAGUAGCUGAAUGUUAGGAGAAUAAUUAAUUUUGUUCUCAGUAUUUCAUUGGUAGUUUUUACAGCGGUCGUCUCAUGAGUUGUAUGGAUCAAUAAUGGCGGGUAGAGAGCCAGUGAUCAGCUGGUCAACAACACUUAAGGGAUAUGAAAAAAGGAAGAUAUAGAAACCAUGUGAGACUGGCGAAAAAAUAGAACAAGAUAGAUGAAUAGAUAGAAUACCGAAAUGUGCGGAAAUAGAAAGAAGAAAGAACAUUGAGUGACAAAAGAAACCAGCUUCAUCACCUUAAAUACGUUCCACAUGCCGAUCCGGGGUUAGUCGGUUUAGCUGAUCCGCAACAUCGUUCGAUCGUCAGUCGUUCGAAUGGCGUCCAUCUCUGUAGCGUUGUGGCUGGAGGCGUCUAGUCGAUUUCCAUCUGGAUGUCCGUUCCGGUUGAGGUUCCUGUUGUUCCCAUCAUACAUCCGUUCAUGCCACCGGUAGCAACCGGGAUUCCCUUGUCUUCCACUUGCCGUUCAGGCGUCUUUUCAGCUGCUUUUAAUACUGCUGAGCCAGCUUCGAAGGCAAUUGGUGAAGACUGAAGGUUACGAAUUGAAGACUGCCAGUCCCUGCCGACCAGUUGGCCUUCAAUAAGGUUAUCGUCGAAAAGGUAGAAGUAUCGCUGGGCGGCACUGUCGCUCUGAUGCUGACCUUUUGGAAGGGCGGAGACAAGGUAGACAUUCAAGCCACGAUGCUUAAGCAUAAUUUGGGCAUCGUGUAGGUGUGUGGAGAAGUGGUUGUUGAUGUAUUUCUCCCAACCACGGAUGGCAGCAACCAUAUCUUUGUCAUCGUUAGCCAUGCGUUGCCAGCUGAUACCUAGUAGUCGAGUAGCAUCAUCAACAUGUGGCAUUUCGGGCCCCUUGGGGGAAGAUCCGGAUCCGCAAACGUCAUCCGUGUUCGAUUGGAGUUUGUUGGCGAUUGACAAGGCGGUUAUGUCAUCGUAAGCAGAAGCGGUAGCGUCGAGCCGUUGUGUCUUCCGACUGGGCAGAGGGUUAAUAUGGUCAUGGUUGACGUCAGUGGUGAUAGGAACGGAGAUCCGGUUGCUAACUGCUUUCUCCUCUGCUUUCUCUUCAUACCAGGUCCCUGUCUGGCUGGAUGCGGAGACGGCUAGUCCAGAUUUUGGAUUGAUGAGGACCAUUCCUUCGCCGUAGAUUGGUUCCUCUUCUAGUACGGUUGGUGGAGUGAGUGCCUUUUGAACAGCAAUGUUAUUAUGGUGGUCAUUAUUGCCUAGGUCGAAUUCGUCUCUCGAUCGUUUGCGUGACGGUGCAGCAGUAUACUGAGUAGCAUUCAAAGGCGUCUGGCGGCCUAUGAAGGACUUGGGUGGCCCAGACUGAAUACCGUCUGCAUGAGCAGAAGCAUGAUGGGGAAAGCGGGAACCGCCGGAAUGGGCAAACGAAUGGUUCAUCGAGUCGGUAGGCGCAAGCUGAUUGGUCUGGUGAAGCUGAGAGGGCGGAGGCAAGGCGACGGUUGGUCCGUUGAAGUAGUUGUUGAAGAGAGAUGGACCCAUGGUUGAUCUAAAUAGAAAAGAGGAGAGUACUGUUAAAAAAAAAAAAUGUCGGAAAGGGAAAGCUGCUAGACAAUGCUGAUAAGUAAAUCUGCAAGAUUGAAAAGAGAAAGUUAUUUCGUUUUGUCUUCUUCUUCCUUUGUGGGUAUCCGCCGGAUUAAUAGGCGCAAUGUAGAGAGAAGAGGCUGGCGAGGUAUGAGGAUGGGGGAUGCCGAGGAGAGCAGUGACGUUAAGAAGAGCAGGAAACAUAAAAUGAGAUGCGCCGUGGCAGAGAGGUCCACGGGGGGAGAAUAGUUAAGCGAGCCACCGUUGAGACGUUGGAGGCGGGCCAGUUGGUAGCUGUCGGUAUUUUGACGUUGAGGUUGUAGGUUGUAGUUGGAGAGAAAAGAAGUUGAAAGUUGGGAAAGACGAAGAAGAAGAAGAAGGGCUUAGUCAGCAAUAGCCUUGCAAGGACAACCCCAGAUACGGAAAGGAGCUACCUCGGUGGUACUUUCCAUGCGCGGCAUUAGACCCGCAGGAAGCAGGUCCCACCCCCUGUUGCCUUAGAUAGCCAAUGGGAAGCGACACUCGUGAGCUUAUUCAGUGCCAAGGACGGAGUCACAGCCAACAAGAACUGCAUUCUCUUGUGGCCAAGACGUUGCAGCCGGGAGUGGCUGGGCUUAAAGGAGAAGCGCGAUGGAUCAUUGUCUUAGUCAGCAAAGACGAUCUGGGGCAAGUUUAAACGCUUAGUAAGCUUAUCUGUAGCCCAGAAAUUCUUUCUUUUUUCAUGACUGAUGGAAGGAGCUUAUUUCUUGUUUGCAUUGUUUGUUGCUUGUGUACAAAGAGCUGAGAAGGAAGAAAGGAAGAGAUAAAUAAAAGCAGGCGGUUUUGGAAAGAAACAGCGUCUAGUGUUUGAAUGGGAUAAGAAGAGCAGAAAUAGUGAAGGGAAGUAAGUAAGAAAGAAGAAAAGCAGGACGUAGUGAAAGCAGUCGCCUUGCCCGGGUGAAAGGAGACAUGAUUACAAGGCAUUUGUUGUAAAGUUGUACAAACAAGAAUGAAGCAAGAGCUUAAAAAGUAAAGGGGGAAAAAGAAUGAAAAAAAAAAAAAAGCACAUCUUCCCUUCUCAGUUUCUAGAAGCCUUCGGUUUCCUCCUGUCCUUUUUGUGCAUAUCGUACCAUUAAUAAACCAGCGAAAAAGAAAAGUAGACAGCACGCGGUGUCCUGUGAUGCAGUGAAAUCAGUUCGUAAAUGGGUUUUGAAACAAAGGGAGUCGACGUAUCCAUCGAUCCCUUUUCCACUUUUUAGUCUAAAACGCGGAGAGAAGACAAGGCUUUUUACUGCCCGGAGACUUUGCCUGGAAGCAUUCCCUUGACAACUUUGGGGUCAACGGAGCCUCCGAACUGGAACAUGAGGAUGACGAGGACGAGGACGCCCAUUCCAAUGAGAAUGAGGCGACUUCUGGCCGGGUGAGUGGAGGAGUACUCUGCCCAUUGGCGGAGACCUUGGUUGGUGUACUCUUUCAUCUUCUCGACGCCGAGCUUGUAGUAGAUCAGACCACCCAGGGCAAUGGUAUAACCGAAGAGCUGGAGAGGAGUGACGGGAGUCUUCCACCACAAAGCAGAAAUGGUGACGAGAAGAAUAUCCUUGAGGACACCGCAGAGGGUCAAAACAAGAGAAGAAGUUUUACCAAUCUGUUUAUGUCACGUUAGCAUUACACAAAGAUCAAUAUUAACCUUGCGCAUAUAGAUACGUACCAGGAAAACGACGGAGACGUUGAGAAGGAAGGCAACCAUGGCGUUGGCCAGGAGGGUGAUAACACCGGCCUUGUAGAUAUGGUCCAUAGUCAAGUCUGGCACCUCCAUGAACAAUGCAACCACGCCGUUCAUGACAGCACAGACUGGGGCGAAGUAGUACAACGAGACCAAGGGGUCCAUCUUGUACUCAGCAGCGCUAAGGAGCUGCUGCACCAUGACGAGACGAGUAGCUUCGAAGACGAUACCUGCAAUUUGGAAGAUAAAUCCGAUCAUGACGAAGUGGAUCUCGCCGAAGGAGGCAAUGAUAACACCAAUGACGAUGAAAGAUACAUUCAUAAGCACUUUCAUAUUAGGUGGAGAGAUGCUGAGGGCCCAGGUGACGAGCAACACGGCAACGGGGGUAGUGGCCUAUAAACGGCUAACGUUAGCUUAUCAUAAUCUUGUUGCGAUUUUAGUAUAUAGUAGGAAACCUACCUUGAGCAUCUGAAUGAAGGCAACGCUGAGAUAGAGGUACGUCUUGUUUCCACAGAUCAAGCUCAGACUGAAAAAGAAGCCAAUUGGCACUAUAGCACGGAGGUAGACACGGCCAGUCAUCUUAACCUUCUUCCGUCCAUCGAGGAGGUUGGUGGUUCGUGCUAGUACCUGUGUCAUGAAGGCCGCAAACGCAAGAUGCCAUGUUGUAAGGAUGACGGCUAUUGAUAUGGGAGUCAGGAUAACUCUAUUUCACCAGCGGAGAAUAAAAAGACGUACGGAAUGCUAUAAUCACACGGUCAGCAGUCUGGUUAAACCGGGUAAAAACAAAGAAAAAGGAUGUCAAGACGACUUACGGAAUUUGUUCUGCUUCUUAUCGAGCAGGUCCUUGUUGAACAGAAUAACCGCCGAACUCAACGUAAUCCAAGCGCUGCAUGAUUCACCGUCAGCACCACACGUCGUCCACCGCAACUCUGCCACAGAUAAAACUCGGGGUCGCAAGCAGAGCAGAGGCAACUUACAUCACGUAGAAUGCCGGAUGGAAUGAAGGCUUGGGCGGUUCGCUCUUCGUCGCCGCCGGGUUGACGGUCGGCAGUGUCUGGCUAUCGUCCUUUCUGUCAUCUAUCUCCAUGGCCAUGGCCGGCCCAGCGGCAGCACCAGGCUGUAUCUCGCCGGAGGUCCUGGCCUUCUCUUGCUCGCCCAUCUUCUGCACGGCACUGGACAGUGAAUGAGCCUGUAAAGCGACGAAGCGAUGGAAGUCGAACGGCCGUGACCGUAGGAGGUUGCUCUGGCCGAACGCGUUGGACGCCAGGGCAGUAUCGAAUGGCGGUCCCUUGGGCGGAUUUGUCACGGAAGGGAGACGGUCAAUUAGCAAGAUGAGACUGUUUUCCGACCCUCUGGAUGGCUGUACUCGGGGUAAAAGGGGGCAAGGUCAGGAACUUGUCUGGCUGUCUUUUAAAAUAUACCACGAUCGAGCAAGGGAGGGAAAAAAAAAAGGUGCGUCGGGAAGUUUGGCAAAAGGAAUUAUGCAGGUUAAGCAGUGAGAUAAGUAGUGAUGGGCGAAGGGGCCACGCAACACGCUUAUUAAGGUGGAAACGGCAGACUAUUCAGUCAUAUAUAUACGGAGUAGACGCAGCUUUUUUAUCUCGACAGAAGACAUACGACGGUGGCAUGCAUGGCUCGGUGUUCUCGCUGUCUUUGUUGUUGCCCUGCUUGCUAGUUAUGUGCAGAGCAGCUCGGGGUGGUGACGAUGGAGGCCGGUUCAUGCCUACAUGAUAUCCUGCUCCAUGUCCCGAAUAUCAACAUCAAGCUGGCCAUGGAUAUACCCAUCUAAACCACUACAAUAUAUAUCUAAUGGUCUGUUUUGGAACAACUUCCAACCCUCCUGCCAACGCCUCCCCCUGUGCAGCCCUGUCUUGUCUUAUUUCUGUGUUCCAUCUUGAGGGCUAAAGCAGGUUCUUCAAGAGGAGGAGGUAUCUAUAUACGAGUAGAGGAUAUGAGUGAGCUUUCCUACCAGCAGCUAUGCUAUCAAAGUUACUCGAGUGUGUUCAUUUCCUUAUACCUGGGUUGCUAGUUAUAAAACUAAAGAGAUCUACCCCCUUACAAGGACGGUCGCAGUCUCAAUAAGUCAGUUUCUGGACAACUUCAUCGUUAAACCCCUGCAUAAAAUUACCGGGCAUCUCCUCAAUAAAGGCACGCUGGUGAAUCAACUCUGACUGGCUAAUGUUGAGAAACUGGUGAGUGGUUGCCGGACUUCCGUUGGAGCAGACUCACUCCCAUCGCCCGUAGCCUGAGUUCUCAGUGUCCUACGCUUUCCCACAUAGUACUGCGAAUAACCGCAUACCCAGGCUUUGAGGCUAAGUAGGAAAUAGUGAAUUGCCUCUCAGCACCGCACAUCUCACAUCGAUAGCAUAGUGGAAGCAUUUCUCGUGCUAGCUUCUCUUCCUUGAAGCCGGGCCAAAGAUGGUGGCUUCUGCAACUGGUAGCGUAUAUUGCCUCUUGCCUCGACUUCCUGCUAGUAUGUUUGUAUUCCACAUACGAGGUUCUCCUGAAGAUCAAUUCGAAGUUCCCUGCGUUAUUGAUGGCCUUUGGCCUGAUAUGUACAGCAUGUGCGAUCUUUCUUUCCAUGUCUCUCUUGAAAUAGGGCGUCUGGGGUAUCAUAUAAAGCUCAUUUCGUUUGUAGCGAAGGCCUAAUCUAUAGUGAUUAGCAAGCUCUUUUAUUUGUCUAUAGUACAGACGCCGAAAGUUCGGGGCAUAGUCCAGUUGAAUGCCGUUAAGGUCACAGGGCGUUAGGCCGAAAAAACCCUGUAGCAACCGAUCAUGAUAUUUACCGCAUUCAUAGCAAAGGACGUAUUUCGGGAAGUCCAAUUCCAGGUGCUCGAGAGAUCUGGCACGGUACAAGGCAGGCUCCUUGUUGAGCCUUUGUAGAAUUCUUCUCCCACUGGUGGCUUUAUAGGCUGCUCUACAGGUAAGUGAAAAGGCCGCUGCAUCGUCAGGAGGCAGGAUAGAAUUGGCAAGAUAGCAAAGAACAUCAUCGUUUAGUCGGUGAAGAGCUGGUUUCAACCAUCCUUCUGGCCAGAAGCUGUCCUCAGAUGAACGAGAGUCUUCGGCUUUAGACCCGCUGACGGUAUCCCAUUCUGAAUCACGAUCUGACGCUUGCGAGAGUUGUUCGAUUUUCUCUCUCUCUUCCCCUUUUGCUUUAUGAGCUAAGCGGCCGAAGAAUACCCAAGCGCGAUAUAGAUGAAAUCCGAGGGUCUUCAUUUUGUGUGGCACUUGAUCUGUGGAAUGAACUGGCACACAUCCGCGAUUAAAUGGUGGCAAUUGAUCAUUCUUGAGAUGGCUCGUUGGAGAUUACUGGGUAGCAGGAGUAAGACUGCAGAUACUUGAUCAAAAUGGGCCUUCUGCAAUGAAAUUAUCCUGAGGUCAUUGCUUCUAUGUACUACCUGUCAAUUGUCAAUUGUGUUUCGCUUUUAGUGUCAAUGUUUGUUGUCUUUUGCCACAAUUUCGGAAUAAAUAUCAGAACCCAAGUUGUUGAAACUUGUAGGGCUAUGAUGACCUUUAGGAGCAAGCGUUCAAACGCAGGUUGUUUGUAUGCAAUCAUGCUUGCUUUACAAUGUAAGGUAUGGACUUAAGGAGGUAAUGCUAUAAGAUUGGCUCUUUUUUGGUUCACAUACUCCGUACUCUGGACCAUCAAUUCUAGUAAUCAUCGUAGGAAUAAUCAUAGCAAUCGUCAGGCGAGUCUCCGUAAGAACCUCCGUAGGAAUCAUCAUAGCAAUCAUUAUAGCAAUCAUCAGGCGAGUCUCCGUAGGAACCUUCGUAGGAAUUAUCGUAGUAAUCACCCGUGGUUUCACCGAAGGAAUAACCAUCUUGACAGUAGUCAUAAAAAAUCGUUACCAUAGAAUCCUUGAGCAUCCACCAGCUCAAUAAAAGUUCCUGGAGAAGUGUGGGGGCCUUCAAAAUCUUCCUCGUCGUUGGUAUAAGAUUCAGGUUGAUACCCUAAGGGCCCACUGUUGCUACCCACAAGAAUGAAUAACUAGCCACAAUAACAAGACGAAUAAAUCAAUUCUAACCAAAUUGGCCCAGUACAAAUCUGCUCUUUAACCUUAGUGAUAGAGAAAUCUCCCCCUUGCAUAUACUAUUCAUCAAGUAUUGGAUUUGUAGAACUCACCAAUCUUCUUCAGAUUCAUAAUAACCACAAUCCUGACUACCGUUGUAAUAAUUAUCAAACGCUCGGUUGGCCCAGUGAUCAGCGUCACGGUUUUCCUCUCUCGGAACAUGCUGAAAUUCGACUUUUAUACCGGAUCGUUCCAGAGAGUCUCUUGCUGAACUAAGUUGUUGGAAGAGCUCUCUAUUAACCACUGACUGGCCAUUGGCAGUCCGGUAUCCAUUUGACUCCCACCUACGACUCCAUUCGUUGACGCCUUUGACCAUGUACUCAGAGUCAGAUCUGAUGGUUAUAUGGCGAGAGGAACCUCCGUCCAUUUCUCGUGCCUUCCAUGUUAAGACCAUGGAUUCCAGCAAGUAUCUCCGCUUUUUGGUUGCUGGGAUUAUCCAGGCUCAGGGGAAUGCUUUCGUUAAAUCUCGAUCCCUGGUCAACGAAUACACCUGCAGCAGCAUCACGGUGUUCUCGUCCGUUUCCCCUGCAUGCUCCAUCGACAGAUAUAACCAGUGGUUGCGUGUUAUCGCGAGGUUGACCCUGGGCACGAUCACCCAGUCCGUAGUAUGGUGAGUUGUCAAGAGUCAUCUUGCAAUGAGCCUUUUGUCGUCUACGUGGCGUCUAGGUACAGUGAGAAACGUAGUUGACGGCCUGGGCUAGUGGUGAAGCUCAAGCUUGGGAUUGAAAUGUUGUCGUGAGGUUAUCAACAACAGCCAUUCCCAAAAGGAACCAUCGCGCCCAAAGGAAGGCGGCUCUGGGACUUGGUAUCAGAGCAUCAGACGCUGAUACCAAAGGGUAGUUUUUUCACGCAUACAAGGAUAUAACGGUGGAUGAAAUGGAAUACCUGACAAGCUUGUAAAUCAACGAAAUACGGAGACUAUGCAACUUCAUCAAUAUGAGCGUAGGAUAAAACGCAUAACGCUCCUUAUACGACGUUGCAAUGUCACUGUCUAAAGAGAUAAUCCAUUUCAUAUUCAGACAUAAAAUUUCAGCGAUUGCUGGCUAGUUACUUUGUCAAAAGACAAGUAGCAGUAAAAAAGAAGGAAAAAACAAGGGGAAAUACUCGUUUAGCAUCGUUAACGUCGUAGUGGUUAGUUAAUAUACUUGGAUAAGGGCCGCCGUGUGUCAAGCGCUGUAUUUGGAGUAAUAUCUCUCGAUAUCAAACCGAGGAACAAGGAGGAAAUAUAAAGCUUCUGGGUUUUUGAUAACUAGUUGUCAUGGUAUGAUUGGUCUGUCGUUUGAAGGUCACAUGCAUGUGCAUGGGUUAUGUUAGAUGACUUGCUGGUCGACGAGAUUCAGCGUGCCAAAGCAUCCCUUGCCAGCUGGUCCGCUUCCCGAUUGUGUUCUCUGCGGACGUUCCAGAAGUACACCUUGACAUGGAAUUCGGCAAGCUCACGAACGCGCCAGGAGAGUUCCUUGAACAGGUAAUGGUUGGUAACCUGCUGGCCGUCCGCGUUGAUGUAGCCGUUUGCUUCCCACCUGUCAACCCACUGGGUCAGCCCGUUGACCAUGUAUGCAGAGUCCGUUUUGAUUAUAACUUCGGUCAGUGAUUCUCCAUCGACACCGUAAUCAUUGAUCUCCCUGGCGGCAUCGAGUCCAUAAAUGCCUGCCGCCAAUUCCGCCUUUUGGUUGGUUGCCCAUGAUGAAUCGAGCUGCAUAGAAGCGUUGUAGUCAGAUUUAUUGCCCACAUAGACCCCGAUGGCAGCUCGGGGGGCGGUCGCUCCAUUCUCCCUACAUGCUCCGUCAACUGCGAUGAUAAUCGAUCUUAGAUUAGGCUCCAGCUUCGAGUAACGUCGGGACAGUGAAGUCGCACGGGUGGUGAAGACCAUGUCUUCGACUGGGAACUCUAUCAGGGACGGUUGGACAUCUUGUCCGUACAUUCUCUGAGGCUCGAAUUUCCAGCAUGGGAUUGAUGUGCGUCUAGCGCCCCUAGCACCGCCUCGAUGCGCACUAGACAUCUUGUCUUAACGGUGGUGACUAAGAAACAGAUUAUGUACUCCGUACGCCGAUGUGAGCAGAGAGGCAACGAAAAGAGGCGUUGUGGAUGGGCUGUUGACGCCGGGUUGACGCUGGACUGAAGUUGUCACUCAACUCUCAGUCCUCGAAUCUCCAAAAACCUGUUUCCCCAAAUUGGAAAGGGGACUGACGCCUCCAGGGCUGAUGUUAGAUCACGUGAAAGUAAUAUGUGAUGGGUCUCAAGAGACAUCAAAUCUCAUUUCUAUAAAUAAGAGCUGAUAGGCACGAGGUGGAGUAAUACGAGGGACAAAGACAUGUGUCCGCUAAGUGGAAAGAAAGAAUGAUAGAAGCCAGUAAAAGCCAGCACGAGGGUUUGAUAACUAUUAUAUGCCGCUUUUGCAAACAAGUAUUCCGCUCAUAUGAGAAUGCAAA